CCCAACAUACUACAGAGAAUUCAUCCAGUUCCUGCUCCAUCCAGAUUCCACAGGCCUGGAAGAUGGAACCACGCUUGCUGAUGCUGGGGUUAUUCCCAUUCAUCAUAGUACCCAGCUGUCUGUCAGAGAUGUGUCCACUGGACCCACCAGAGGUCCCCAAUGCCACAUUCAGAACCCUCUCCUACAAGAAUGGCACCAUCCUAAACUGUGAAUGCAAGAAACAUUUCCGAAGAAGCAAUUCUAUUUAUAUGUCUUGUUCGGGGAACUCCUGGAUCAACCCCUGCCAGUGUACAAGCAACUCCAAUGACAACACAAGAAAGGAAGUUACACAUGCACCUGAAGAUCAGAAAAAGCAACAGACCACAGUAUCGCAGAAAUCAACACAGUCUGUGCAUCAAGGGAAACUUCCAGGUCACUGUGGGGAGCCCCCUUCGUGGGAACAUGAAGGUGCCAAGAGAAUCUAUCAUUUCGUGGCAGGACAGAGUGUUCACUAUGAAUGCAUUCAAGGAUACAAGGCUCUACAGAGACGUCCUGCUGUGAGCAUCUGCAAAACCAUGUGUGGGAAAACAUGGUGGACGCAGCCCCAGCUCACGUGUGUAGAUGAAAAGGAACACCAUCACUUUCUAGCUAGUGAAGAAUCUCCAGAAAGCAGAGAUCCUUCUCCGGAGAGUGAGACUGCCUGUCCCAUCACCACCACAGACUUCCCACAACUCACAGAAGCAACUACAGCUAUGGAGACAUUCAUAUUUACAAUGGAGUAUCAGAUAGCAGUGGCCAGCUGCGUCUUCCUACUCAUCAGCAUCCUUCUUCUGAGUGGACUCACCUGGCAACACAAAUGGAAGAAGAGUAGAAGAACCAUCUAGAAAACUAAGAGCAGUCAGAGGCCAAGAGAAGUUAAUGGGAAUCAUGAAGCUCAAGCAAAAUCUAGGAAGUCACUCACUCAACAGGUGUCUUUGGGUUAUCCCUUGGGUUCUAUAAAGUUCGGAAGUCACAAGACGUAUCAGCGCAUCGGGAAACUUCAACUCCAUCACUAAAUUGGACUUUGCCAUUGAAGAAUAGGAGUUAACCAUUCUCUCUAAAGUCUUUAAGAGGAGAGAGGGCCCAAAAGCACUCUAUGUGUUUUGUUUUCAUGUAUAUAUGUUGAUAAGAGCUCGGGUGGCUUUAGGUUGACUUCAUUGUAACCUCCCCGUUUGGAAAGCCUAAGUAAAGCCCAGCACUAAUGUAAAUAUUCCUCCUCCUCUCUCUUCCUCCUCCUCUUCUAUGCCCCAACCCACUUUCCUUCUUCCUUUCUGUUUUCACAAGCCAUGUGACUCCUUUCUCAACGUCUGGUUGCCUAACUGGUUCUUCUGAUUUCAUCACUUACUGAUCAGCCUUUAAAACUCCAGGCUGGUAACCAGGACUCCGUACACUCUUAGCCCAAUCCUAGAUGGAAACCCCCUUUCC